AUGUCUGACGCCAAGGAAUUCACCCUCAAGGAGAUCGAGGGCCACAACACCAAGAAGGACCUGUACAUGGUCAUUCACGACAAGGUCUACGACUGCACUAGCUUCGUUGACGAGCACCCUGGUGGUGAGGAGGUCCUGCUGGAUGUCGGUGGCCAAGACGGCACCGAGGCCUUCGAGGACGUUGGCCACUCCGACGAGGCCCGCGAGAUUCUCGACGGUCUUCUCGUUGGCAACGUGAAGCGCAUGCCCGGUGACCCUGAGCCCAAAGCCCACGCUGCCGCUGCUUCUGGUUCCUCUUCCUCUUCUUCCGGUGGUGCUGCUGGCUUCGGUGUCGGUCUCUACGGCAUCAUCCUCAUCGGUGGUGCGAUCGCCUACGGUGUGUACAACUACCUGGAGGCCCAGAAGGCCCAGCAGUAA